AUGAUCCCCUCUCAAGAAAUCUCUGAAGCUCCCGAGUGCCUCCAGGUCUGCUUCGGCUACCUUCAUGGCCUUUGGAACGCAUCUGCCGUUCUCAUCUGCCGGGGAAGUCUUCACAGCACAUCGGCCAAGGUGUGGCCCCUGUACCUUACAGCUUCUUGGAGCCCCAGCCCCCCCUCCCCCGGCUCCGCGGGCCCGGCCCCCUGGGGAGCCCCGGGGCGCAGGCGGGGGGUCGGGGGGCCCCGCCCGCCGCCGCCGCCACCGGCCCCCGCCGCAGGGACAGAGACGGGGCGUCAGGCCGGUCCCGAGGGGGAGGCGGCGGCGGGCGGGGGGGCCGGGACCAAGGCCGCUGCAGGGAUGUCGGGGCCCAAGGAGACUGGCGGAGGCGGGGGGCCAGCCUACCACCUACCGCACCCUCACCCCCCGCAGCACGCCCAGUAUGUGGGGCCCUACCGGCUCGAGAAGACGCUGGGCAAGGGACAGACAGGCCUGGUCAAACUGGGCGUCCACUGCAUCACUGGCCAGAAAGUGGCCAUCAAGAUCGUGAACCGGGAGAAACUGUCCGAAUCGGUGCUGAUGAAGGUGGAACGGGAGAUCGCCAUCCUCAAGCUCAUCGAGCACCCCCACGUCCUCAAACUCCACGAUGUCUACGAGAACAAGAAAUAUUUGUACUUGGUUCUGGAACACGUGUCAGGGGGUGAGCUCUUUGACUACCUGGUGAAGAAGGGGCGGCUCACCCCCAAAGAAGCCCGGAAGUUCUUCCGCCAGAUAGUGUCGGCCCUGGACUUCUGCCACAGCUACUCCAUCUGCCACAGGGACUUAAAGCCGGAGAACCUGCUUCUGGAUGAGGAGAACAACAUUCGCAUCGCAGACUUUGGCAUGGCCUCCUUGCAGGUGGGAGACAGCCUCUUGGAGACAAGUUGUGGGUCUCCCCAUUAUGCAUGCCCAGAAGUGAUCAAGGGGGAGAAAUACGAUGGGAGGCGAGCUGACAUGUGGAGCUGUGGUGUUAUCCUCUUUGCACUCCUGGUGGGGGCGCUGCCCUUCGACGACGACAACCUGCGGCAGCUGCUGGAGAAGGUGAAAAGGGGCGUGUUCCACAUGCCUCACUUCAUCCCCCCGGACUGUCAGAGCCUGCUGCGAGGCAUGAUCGAGGUGGAGCCCGAGAAGAGGCUGAGUGUGAGUGACGGGGCCAGGGAGGCUCCCGCAGCCGCCCCGGGCCGGAGCAGCAGUACUGCCCUCGGCCACGAGGGGGCGCGCACACGGGUCGGGCCGGCUGCGCAUGGCGCGGCUGCGGGCCUGGUCCGUCCCGGCCGGAGCUUAGCGUGCACAGCAGGCUCCCUUUCUAGACGCGGCCGCCGCGGGCGGCCUCACAAACACCCCUGGUACCUGGGAGGGAAGCCGGAGCCUGAGCCCAGACUGGAGCCGUCCCUGGGUCGUCGAGUGGCCAUGCGGAGCCUGCCGUCGGGCGGGGAGCUGGACCCCGAUGUUCUGGAGAGCAUGGCAUCCCUGGGCUGCUUCCGGGACCUGGAACGGCUGCACCGGGAGCUGCGCAGCGAGGAGGAGAACCAGGAAAAAAUGAUCUACUACCUGCUUUUGGACCGCAAAGAGAGGUACCCGAGUUGUGAGGAUGAGGACCUGCCACCGAGGAACGAUGCUGACCCUCCAAGGAAGCGGGUGGAUUCGCCCAUGCUCAGCCGCCAUGGGAAGAGGAGGCCUGAGCGCAAAUCCAUGGAAGUCCUGAGCGUCACCGAUGCGGGCAGUGGCGGCGGGGGCUCCCCGGUGCCCACCCGGAGAGCCCUGGAGAUGGCCCAGCACAGCCAGAGAUCCCGAAGCGUCAGCGGAGCCUCCACCGGACUGUCCUCCAGCCCCCUGAGCAGCCCCAGGAGCCCAGUCUUCUCCUUUUCACCGGAGCCGGGGGCCAGUCCUGGGGAGGAGGCCCGGGCCGGGAGCUGCCCGUCGCCGACGCCCAAGACUCAGACGCUGCCAUCUCGGGGUCCCCGGGGAGGCGGCGCGGGGGAGCAGCCGCCACCACCCAGUGCUCGCUCCACCCCCCUGCCUGGAUCCCCCCGCACAUCUCCAGGGGCCGCGACACCCCCGCCCUGCUCCCCCCGGGCCAGCCCCACUGGCACACCCGGCGCCACCCCGCCUCCUAGUCCUGGGGCUGGUGGGGGUGUGGGAGGUGCUGCGUGGAGGAGUCGCCUCAACUCCAUCCGGAACAGCUUCCUUGGCUCCCCUCGAUUCCACCGGCGCAAGAUGCAGGUCCCCACAGCAGAAGAGAUGUCCAGCUUGACACCAGAAUCAUCCCCAGAGCUGGCAAAGCGUUCCUGGUUUGGAAACUUCAUCUCCCUGGACAAGGAUGAGCAGAUAUUCCUGGUGCUGAAGAACAAGGCACUGAGCAGCAUCAAGGCCGACAUCGUCCACGCCUUUCUGUCGAUCCCCAGCCUGAGCCAUAGCGUGCUGUCCCAGACCAGCUUCCGGGCCGAAUACAAGACCAGCGGGGGCCCCUCCGUCUUCCAGAAACCUGUUCGCUUCCAGGUUGACAUCAGCUCCUCCGAGGGCCCUGACCCCCCUCCCAGGCGGCGGGAGCGGGACGGCACUGGGGUCUACUCAGUCACCUUUACACUCAUUGCUGGUCCCAGCCGUCGGUUCAAACGUGUGGUGGAGACGAUCCAGGCCCAGCUCUUGAGCACCCACGAUCAGCCGUCGGUGCAAGCUCUGGCAGAUGAGAAGAAUGGGACCCAGCCAAGGUCCCCUGCCAGCACGCCUCCCCGAGGGCUGCAGCCCCCACCAGGCCGAUCUGAGCCCCCUGAGCUGGGUGGCUCCCCUCGGCGUGGGCCACCCCCCAAGGACAGGAAGCUGCUGGCGGCCAGUGGGAGUCCCCAGCCCUGAUCUCUAUCCCCCUUUCCCUCCUACAUCUUGGUCCCCAGCCCCCAUUCCCUCCCCCUCAGGGGUCACUCUGGCCACAGAUCCCCCAUCCUCCCCACCUCCCCAUCAACCCCCACAACUGUGAAGCUGUAAAUACGGCCAGGGCAUGGGGUGGGGGCCCAGGGGUUCAGUGACCCUCGAAG